CUUUGAGAUCGCCAGGAUUAAUUCGCACUGCGCCUGGCUCCUGGGCAGAAUUACUAAAUAAAACAACACUACAGGGAACAUUUCCAAAAAAUAAGGCUCAAAUUCAAAUUCAUAAAACAGCCAAAAUGGGCCCUGGAAUUCUUGUAGCCCUGAUGUUCUCCCUUGGAACAGGCACCGCCACUGCAGAUCCACAAUUUGGCGGAUUUGGCGCUCCUUCGAUCCCAUCCGUUCCCCUUUCAAAGGCCGCUUCCUCCAUGCCAGUAGCUGGAGAUGUUAUGGAUUACACGAACCAGCUCAAAGAUCUCGUCACCCUGAUCACCGUGGCGCUCACAGAUAUGGGAGACAUCGCCAAAUCUGACAAUGCCGAAGUUGGUGGCAAAAUCGUGGAAAUUCUUACGGGGCAAAUUGCCAAAGCGACGAAAAUAUUUGAAGACUUUGUCGCCGCCAACAACCCACUAAACCGAAGGAAGCGUCGAGACGUCAAGGCUAAUGGGGAUGCUGCUUUGAAUGAGGAGUCCGAAACUUUAGUCGAAUCCAAUGAUAAGAUUGAGCCAGAAAAGGGCAAACUUAGCCCAUCAGCGCAGGAUAAAAUUGAUGAAAGAUACAGAAAAGCAAUCAAUGAGUGUAAGACGGCCACUUGCAAAUCUGCUGCUGAAAGGGAAAAAGUGAGAGCGCUAAAUAAGUCUAAGGGAAAGUAGAAAAAAUACUAAAAAUAAUUAAAACCAGUUCCGAUGUUUUAUGAAAUAAAAUAAAAUAUGGAUUUAUUUGUCAAUAAUUUUAGUCAGAUUAUUUUGUGUUUGAUUUGGUAUGCGACGAGAUUGAUGGCUGAACAAAAUAUAUCAACAUUUCAGAACUGAA